GUUGCAUUUAUCGCCUGGUGGACUUUGGGAGAAUUUGUGGCGUGUAGUAACGCUGAUGUGUACAAAUAGGAAUCUUUACAUAUUCCUUUUGUCACAUUUUGAAUUAAUAGCCGCUUCUCAGCAUUUAAUGCGAGGGAUGGCAUUUGAAGUGAUUGUACGGAGCCAUCAUUGCGAUUUUUUGCACGCCUUUUUGAAAAACCAUUGAGUUUUUUGAGCGGCUGGGGAUUAUUGCGCCACGUGUAAGCCUCCCGUUCAUUAUUGAAGGGAAGUAUAAAAGGCAGAACCUUCCGUCUUUUUCCUUUGUGCUUUCUUUUGUAUUCGAGUUUUCAGAGUUUUCAAGCACUUCAAGAGCUCGUCUUCUCCGAUCGUUGCUUUGCGAAGUUUUAGUUUCCCCCGUCGACUUUCCCAACAAGGUUAGUCUCUGGCUCUAUUUGCUUGUUCUUUGUCUGUCGUAGUUUUGUCGGAAGAAACCCAGAAUAAGGUUUUUUCUGUCGCUUCCGGCUCCGCGGUCAAUGGGGGGUCUACAGUCCCCCAUUCGUGGUGGAGUUGGCACCUCUGGACUUGAAAUCGCAUCCUGAUGCUGGUUUGAGUGUUUGAUUUCUGUUUGGAGGUCGGAUUAUUGGUCCUUAACCCCCAAACCCCAGACUGUCUGCAUGUAUGUGUGUGUUUUUCUGCAGAUUUUGAAAAGAUGUCUUCCCAAGGUAAUGUUGGAGAUAGGACCGUCCCUCAACACGAGGUUGGGGGCGCCGUUGUUGUGCAUGACGUGCCUCCCAUCCGGUUUAUUAGGAAGCGGAGAAGCAGCAAGAAGAAGUCUGGGAAUGUAGUGGGCACCCUUACAGAGAAUGGUCCUCUCGUGGAUGCGUGUGCUCUUACUGACGCGGAGUUGGAUGAAGCCAGACGCAUGGCCGGUCUUACUGUUCACAUCGUGAGGCCCGAGACUGGUAGCCUGGCGUCCUCCUGCCCCUCCGGGUUCUUCGCGGUUCAUCUGGACGCGAUGGACCACGGGUUCCGCUUUCCGCUGCACCCAUUCUUCGUAGAGUAUCUCAAUUGGGUUGGGUUACUCCCCUGUCAGGUGACCCCCAACGGGUUCUAUCUUAUGACUGCCUUCCUCUUACGCUGCAAGGAUUCGGGUUUGGAGGCCAGCGUUGGUCUUUUUAGGCACUUGUUUCAAAUUGGGCUUAACAGCUCUCUGGAGAACCAGGGCUACGCCCUUAUUUCCCAACGAUCCUUCCGGAGUGGGUUUUACCAUACCCCGUUGUCUCACCAUGGGUGGAAACACAGGUUCGUAUUUAUCUGCACUGACAUGAAAGGCGGGUCUCCUUUUACUGCCCCAAGAUCCCUGUCGUUUAACAUGCACGAUGCUGAUGGGCUGGGUGAGUUUGCUGAUGAUGUGGGCACUUACGUUGGGUAUGGCGACCUGGACAUCACGACCUUCCUGCCCGAAGAGAAGCUCAAAGAUUUGGGCUUCGUUUUUUAUACCGAGUUUCCUGAUGAAGACCAAGGGGCUGACGUUGGUGCCAAGCCUCAAGGUGAGGAUCAGGUUGGUGCCCAGGAAGAAGCUGACAUUGCUGCGGCUAUUGGCGCAUCCUUGGCCACAGGACAUGCCUCGGGUGAUGGUCCCACUGCUUCUGAUGUGCUGGGGCCCCAAUCCUCGAGUGAGGAAAGGGCUUUCGCCCAUAUGUCCCCUCACGGACCUGAGUCCUCCGAGGAUGAGGAGCCUGCGCUGGAGAGGAAAAGACGCUCAGGGGAGGCGUCUGCUCCUGGGGCUGCUAGUUCUACCGGGGCGGCAGAUCAUGCCAAGGUUGAGGUUGAGCCCAUCAAGAAAAUGGUAGAUCCAGCCAAGGUUGAAGUUGAGCCCGCCAAGAAAAUGGCAGAUCCAGCCAAGGUUGAUUUUGCUUCCACUGGCCAACCUGCUGUUGCGUCACCAGGUAUGUUCCCCCGUGAUUAUAAAUUGGUGCUUCGAUCCGCGUGUUGUGUGCCUUCGUUGUUGUUUAUUGUGCUGUUUCUGCCGUUGCAGGCAGUGCCAGCUUGUUUGACCUCCUUGACCGCGUUCAGGAGGGUGGGAGGGAAACCCAGCCCUCGGCUGGUGUUGAGUAUGCUAUCGGUUCACCCAGUGUUUCCUCAUCCUCUUCCGAGAGCUUAGAGGAUAAGGGUAAUGAUGAAUCUGCGUAUGCCAAGGCGCAAGAAGGAGACGCUGCAGUGUUCGCGCAAGCCACGGCGAAUGCCAGCACUAUCUCCCACCGGACGUGGUCAUUGAGGAUGCCGCGGACGAAGAUGAUGAUGAGGAUGACAGGGAGACUGUUCAACAGCUUCGAAGUCGCCUGGGCUCAGAUGCCCUAGGGUGCAGCGUUACUACCCUGGCCGGUGGCCGGAAAAAAAGUUUUGUGGCCAAGGGGAGUGGACCACCGCAUGACUCCUCCGGCGGACGAAAGAGGCACAGGUUCCAUUUUUCUUUCAGAAAUGACCAAGGCUUUGUCUCUGACAACGCCGGGUCCAUGGAUAUGCUGGAUCACUUGCGGUUGCUCUGUGAUACUGGGGUGAUGGGGGAGAUGGACACUCCCAGCGUUGCGGAGGAGCUCACCUCCAGUGCUCUUAAGGUUUGUUACCUUUUUUGCGUCUAUGUCUGCAUCUGUUCUGGCACGCUUCAUGUGUUGUUUUUUUUUCCUUUUUUUGUUGUAGUCAUGUUUUUCCACGUUGCAGGUCGCUGUCUUGAGUUACGAACUGGCCCUGAGGGCGGAUGUAGCUGAGCUCCGGGCGCGAGUGGUUGCUGUGAAGCAGGCGGAUCUCUAGGAUAGCUUGCGGACCGCGCAGUUGGCCUUGGAGGCUGCUGAGAAGCAGGUGAAUAACUUCCGGGGGAGGGCCCAAGAUGCUGAAAUCUGGCUGGGGGAAUGCCAAUCCCAGAUUGAGGCCCUCAGGGAUGCCGCCAAUAAGUCUGUGCUGGCGAUGAGCGAGGCAGAGGCCCAGGCUCAACGCGCAGAAGAGCGUGCCCGGGCUGCUGAGAAAAAUGCCGCAAUUGAUAUUGAGAAGGCCAAAAUUAGCUUGGCCGAGUGGUAGAGGAUGAUAGAUGUUUCUACUCUGGCAAUGAAAGAGAGAGACCGUCUCCGCAAUUCCUUGGCAGAGGCUGAAAGCGAGCUCUGCGCCGUGAGGACCCAGUGUUCCUCUUUGAAUGAUCAACUCACGGUGGCCACCCGUGAGCUAGGUGAAUGGGAAAAGGCACAUGACAAGGUGGCCCUUGAGUUAGAAGAAGCCCGCUCUCAAAUCGCCAGGCAGGGGAGGGCCUUGGAAUGACUCCAGGGGCAGGUCGAGGAGGUAGGUGCUGCCAAAGCCCGAGCUUCAGAGCUUGAGGUUGACCUUGCCUCCAGGGAUGCUGAGCUAGAGAGCUUGAGGGGUGAGCUUGCAGAAACUCGGGUUGCUUCUGGUCAUGACAAGGCUCGGAUAAUGCAGCUCGAAUCUGAAAUGGCUGCCACCUAGAGGAAAUAUGAAAACUACAUGAUGGGCCACACUGCUGCUAUUGACAGAGCAAGGGCGAUCGCCGUUUCCGAGUUUCAGGCCUCGUGUUCCAAGGAUCCAGCCCCUUUAUCGGUCGUUAGCUGGCUCCACGGGGUCAUGGGCAAACAUAUUGAUGGCUGGUUAGCCACGCCUGAGGGGCUGGAGUUCGUGCGUAGGCAGCUGCUGCCCACCCUGAACUAUGUGAAAUAUCUGAUGCAGCAGGAGAUUUACAAUAAUCUUCGAGAGACUCUGCCCAGCUUCAAUUAUAAGAAAUACAAGCUUCCCCGUCCCUUGAAGCAUCCGAAGACUGCUCCUAGCCAGGAGAUUCAGCACUCCCUAACUGCUCAGGCAAAGCCGGCCGAGGCCGGUGAGGAGGUGGAGCAAGAGCAGGAAAAGAAAAGGAAGAGGAAGAGAAAAGAGUGAAUUCCCCUCCCCUUACUCUUUCUUGUAUAGCUGGCUGUUGAGCCGUUGCUGUAAACAUUUUGAGACAUCUUCUGCUAGUUUUUAUUUUGUAUAUGAGAUGUCCUUUUUUCUGCAAUUUUUGUGCUCACUGUGCCUUGUAUGUUUGCAUUAUAUUGUUUUGCACAGGUGUCGUUGAGUGGGGGUGGGCCAUAGAUGACAUGUCCUCCUUUUACUCUGGGCUCAGCGUGCGUAUGCUGAGUUGUCGCAAUUGUCC